AUGGCAUUUCGUGGAGGUGCAAAGCGCUCUCUUGGCUCAUUCCUGUGUAACAGGGUGCUUAACACUAGUUAUAGUUCUUCAAGUACUUGUACUGCUACUGCUGCUGCCAAUGGACGUGGUUUUUCAACCUGGGUUUCAAGCAGAAGAUCUUCAUUUGCUCAAGCCACAGAGAUCCCAACCUCAAUUCCUCUCAAAUUUGCCAAUACCCAAUGUGGGUCUGCUCUUUUUCUAAGAAGGUUCAGCGUGGGAACUUCUUCUUCUUCUUCUUCUGACCAAAUGAGCCUUAUAAAACAACUGAGGGAGAGAACCAGCGCUCCAAUCAAAGACGUCAAGGCUGCUCUCAUUGAUAGCAAUUGGGACAUUGAGGCUGCACAGAAGGAAUUAAGGAGAAGAGGGAAGGUUUUGGCGUCGAAAAAGUCAUCUCGAAUGGCUGCUGAGGGUUUGCUGGCACUGGCCCAGAACGAGAGCAAGGCUGCUGUCAUUGAACUUAACUGCGAGACUGACUUUGUUGCUCGAAAUGAUAUCUUUCAGCACUUGGCCUUAGCUUUGGCAAAGCAAGCUUUGCUAGUUGAAAGCUCUUCUCAACUCGUUUCUGGGGUCUUCCACGUUCCCUCUGAGGAUUUGGAGGACUUGAAGUUAAAUCUUGAACAUCCAAAAGUUAGUGGAGAAACAACUGUUCAGAAUGCAAUUACAGAAGUAGCUGCAGUGAUGGGGGAAAAUGUUAAACUUAGAAGGGGUAUUGUGAUGUCCACAACUUCACACGGAGUUGUUUCUACCUACCUCCAUACAAGUCCCCAACCAGGUUUAGGUCGUAUUGCUGGAAUUUUAUCUCUUUCAGUAGAGGACAAAAAUUCUCAAUUGGAUGCUAUCCAGCGCGUUGGUUCGCAAUUGGCAAUGCAUGUAGUGGCAGCGAAGCCCUUGUUCUUAACAAAGGAACUUGUUUCUUCUGAUGCAUUAGAGAGUGAACGUGAAAUUCUUAAGUCUCAGGCUGAAAGUACGGGUAAGUCUCAGAUGGCCAUAGAUAAAAUUGUAGAAGGUCGCUUGCGUAAAUACUAUGAGGAAGUUGUUCUUAUGGAGCAGAAGUUUAUUAUGGACGACACCCUAACUGUAAAGAAACUAUUAGAGAAUCUAUCUACGGAAGUGGGAUCACCUGUGAAGAUUGAGAGCUUUUUCAGGAUGGAAGUGGGAGAAGGAAUUCAAAGGCUGGAAGCAUCCAGUGCAUCGGAAAACUUGGCUCAGGCUAUUUGA